AUGGUCACCUCGUCAACAUCCUCGACUGAUAAGCUACCAUACGCAGCCGACAUUUCACUUGGACUGUCUCCCGAGGAACUAACGGUCCUGAGGGAGCAAUACCAGAACGAACAAGCCAAGGGAUGGAUAUCAACUCAAACCAAAUUUAAUCUCGCUUGGGGACUCGUAAAAGGAAACCCACGACAAGGACAAGUUUCUGAAGGAAUCGCUAUACUAAUGGAUGUCUAUCGAACUGAUGCAACUCGCCGCCGAGAAUGUCUUUAUUACCUUUCAUUGGGACAUUACAAACUGGGGAAUUAUAGUGAAGCAAAACGUUUCAAUGAUCUACUGUUGGAAAAGGAACCUCAUAACCUUCAAGCGAAAUCCUUGGCUCAGCUGAUUGAAAAGGCGGUCACUCAAGAAGGUUACCUCGGUCUUAGCUUGGCGGGUGGUGCUGCGCUUGUUGGCGGAGUAUUGUUGGCUAGUUUGUUCUCCGGCCGUCGGCGUUGA